AUAGUUGGAUUUUAAAAGGUUCAUUAAUAUUUUAGAAAACAAUUGAAUAUUUUUUGGGGGAGGGGGCUAAGCCCUACAGUUCUUCCGUAGUUACGCUUGUAUAUUAAUUUAUAUAUAAUAAUGAGCCAUGGUUUUAAUGUCCCAUAAUAGUCCGUGUUAUUACUGAACGAGCUAUUAUCUAAAUUCGUGUUUAUCAGUAGUGAUAACAAUAUUAUUAUCGGAGUUUUCACUUUUCGGAAUGAGUGUUAUCGAAUAUUAUUAUUAAUUUAUUAUUGUAGUAGAUCUGUCAAUGAAUCUUCUAAUUUCUAAAACCAUAAUGAUUAAUCUGUUUAUUUACCUAUUUCAAGUGUCAAUACCGCAGAAUUUAUGUUUAUAAUUAAAUGGGUACCUAUCAACUUUGAAAUCAAAAUAAGUACCAAGUGUCCAUGUCCCGUCUUAAAUCUCGGGCGGGCGUUCAAGAUUACUAACGAGUAACGACCACAAAAUUCUUUACGAUGAUGAUUGUGUCUACGUCAAGUCAUUUACUACAAGAGUAAAGUAUAGAUGUAUUGCGACACCGUAGUUGAAAUAAUGUCCUUGGUCAAUAUAACUUCAUAAUGUCUAAUUUGAAACUGGAACUCGAUGAGUAUCUUAACAAAGGCCAAAAAACUAAAUCUCAUAAUGGGCAUCACGUACACAUUCCAAAAGUGUUUAAGAAACUACUCAACAGUGAAUCAGGCGAACAAACGGAAAACCUGUUGGAUUCAACACAGAAGACUUAUUUUAAUUUUCCCCAGAUGAGUAAAACCCAAAGAAUAUUGGGAUUUGUAGUUUGUGUGUCAAUCAGUUGUCUGAUGUUCUCUCUGUCAGCAUUAUACUUGCCCGUACUUCUAAUAAAAGCUAGGAAGUUUGCAAUUUUAUAUGCUUCUGGAAGCAUAUUUGCUUUUGCCAGUGUAUCAUUUUUGACGGGUCCAUUGAAUCAUUACAAGUAUGUUACGUCUAAAGAAAAGCUUCCGUUCAUGUUUGGCUAUAUUACAACUCUUUUGAGUACUUUGUAUUUUUCAUUGUGGAUGAAGAGUACUCCGUUUACACUACUAUCAUUGACUGUUCAUCUUAUACUUAUUUUUUGGUUUUUAUUAAAUUCCAUACCAUUUGGCCAAAAAGGUUUAUCAUUUUUUGGACGUAUAUGUUCAUCCAUAGUAAAAAAUAAAGUGUCAAAUUCAUUACCUGUUUAAAUAAACUUUACCUAUUAUUAUUAUUAUUAUUUAUUGUUACUAUUAUGAUUUUGUUCAUAUUUAUUUAUUGUUUUUUUUUCAAUUAAACUGUUUUUGUAUAAUUACAAA